CUCUGGGAUGAUUAUUCCUGUAAGCUUGUUGCUGCUAGCUUCUAUUACUUUGCACUUUUCAAUAUGCUUUUAGUUGGUUCACUUGCUUUAGUCAGUUAUCUACGAGCAAUGAUUCUUAAUACCGGAAUAUUUGAUUAUAGAAUAUUUCUCUUUCCCGCAUUUUUACCGGCUCUUUUAUCUAUACCAGCGUGGCCAUCAUUUGGAGGUGAUGGUUAUUGGUGUUUUCAAAACAGGGAAUCAGCAUUUAUUCCUUUAUCUUUACUUUAUGCGGAUAUUUUGAUAUUGAUGACAUCAUUAUUUUGUUAUAUUGGAAUAGUGCAUGCUAUCAAUGUGUCCCGGUUUAGAAAUGACCAAGAAAAUUUUUGUACAGCAAACAAAAAAAUCAUUGGGUACCUUUUUACGUAUAUUUUGCAGUGGACUCCUGUUAUGAUCUAUAUAAUAACUGAUAUUGAACGUCAAGCGAAUAUGUGGGUAUUUGCAAUCUGUAUUACAUCAUUACCAAUAGGAGGAAUACUUAAAACGUACCAAUAUAUAUCCAAUGAGGGUUGGUGGAGCGUUGAUUCGAUUGAUGAACAAGACCUAUUAUCAACUAAUCAAAUAACUUCAAUUGAUUACGGAAGUGCACCAAUAAUAAGUCAGUGGCGGGAAUUAUCAGAAGAACUCUCAAAUGAUAAUCGAUCUCAGCAAAUUAUAUCUGACGAGCAGAAUCAUGAUCAAAUUCAA